CGCACUUUACGAGAUUGGUCAAUGGUUUUUGGUCAAUCAGUUGUAGUUGUAGAAAUAUGGUGACACUCAUUUAUGUGAAAGUGGUCCACCUUGUGAACAACACCACAUUCUCACUGUCUUACGUUUAGAUCUUUGUUGAUGAUUGCAAUCAUCCCCUUAUCCACGCCUAGUCGCCUUGACAAUAUCCAGACCUUUACACAGCCAGAGUUACUAAAUGCGUCAGUCGCCACUCAGUUUCAAGUCACGACUGAGACAUUGCAAGUUUGGUGGAACACUUGUCCGUUAUUUAUCAUCUACAUUCAGCGUUCUCAGACACCUGCUCUUCCUGAGUGAAAUAAUUGAUGCUUCUCAGAUGCUCUUUGUUCUACGGUUUUAGCAUAAAACAGGCCACUUCCUUAUCAUAGAAUGGCCUUACCUCCCAGUCUGAAGUCAAUAUCCAUGUUUAUCAAGUGUGCGGAACAACACGAUGCUCGGGACGUGGUGAUUGCUUACUACUGCAGAUUGUGCGCCUUUCAGAAAGGUUACGGGAUAGAUCCAUCCUCACCGGACUCUAAGGCUUAUCUGACAAAACUCAUGAGCAAGUUAGAAGAAACCAAAAGCAAAAACUUGUCGGUGGAGGGAAUAGCAAGCGAAACGAUCGGGCUAGCUCAUCUCGAGUCAUAUGCGCUUAAAUUGUUCCAAUUCGCUUACCAGAAAGACUUAAACAGUGAUUUCAGCAGACCUACUGUGCAGUCAUUUUGGACUGCUGGGGUUUUGUUGGAUGUUGCCACCACUUUGGGAUGUCCAACAGAGGAGCUGGAGAAGGCGAGAAAGUAUGCAAAAUGGAAAGCAAUCUACAUAACUGGUUGCCAGAAGAACGGCGAAACUCCCUUACCUGGUCCUACUGGUGGGGAUGAUUCCCUGGAAGCUCCAGAUUUUGCCCUGAAUCAAACACCAAUUGCUCCCCCGAAACCGACACCAUCGCAACCGCCGGCACCUUCAACAACACCAGCACAGCUGCCCACUCCCAGUAAACCGGCGGUUGCCUCCAUCUCCGAAGACAGUUCCGCUGAGGAUAGUAAUCAUAUGUCACCGGAAUUGUAUGCGUCCGUAGAGAAGAGCAUACGAUACGCCCUCAGUGCGUUGGAGUAUCAGGACAAGGAAACUGUGAUCUCAUAUCUCCAAAAAGCCCUUCAAAUGCUUUCCACAUCGUAAAUGUGCAUUCUGCAAUAAUAAAACCAAUACGCAUUACCAUUCGGAUGAACGUAGGUGCCAAUGUGAUUACAUCAACCUGCUUUGCAGAAAGUUAAGCUCAGUUUGGUUAUUUGUUCACUUUUUUGAAAUCACAUUUUAUGCUCCCACAACCGAGAACCAUUAGAGCUAACCGCGGGUGAAUUCCAUCAUUUCUCUUAUCGUUAUACACCGAUAGUGGCACAGAAUGCCCGUCUGUAAUUUUGACUUUGCAGCCUGUUUAUCUGAAGGCGAGAUCUAUCCUUUGUAUUCUGUCGAUUAAUUUGACGUCAAACUGUGUGUAUCUAUCCUCCGCAUCUUUUAUCUUGUCGCUUCGUAGGAAUACAUGCGUGUUCUUGAAGCUCAAAUUUACGCUCCUGUUUUACCGUGCAAAAACCGCACAGGUCCCACUGACACCCUGAAGGAUUUUUGUGGACUUGAGCGAGCUCCUUCGUUUAAAUUGGAAGACCAACCAUCCAACUAACUCGUGUUUUGAUGCCUUGUGUCAUUGAUCAUUACGUGUGGUAGGUAGAUCAUUGUUAUAGUUACCACGAUUCGUGCUGCCUGAGUACCUC